AUCAGCGAAUUUGAUGCGAAUUUAACGCGAUGCGACUUCUAGAUCAGAUCAGUUUCAUCGACACUAUCAAGAUGAAGGGUGCUCUUGUACUGGCAGUGAUAUUAGCUGGCCUAGUUGCCGUCCAGGCCGAUUGGGAACGAAAUAAGGUGUACAAGUACGAAGUCAAGACUAAAACUUUGAAAUAUUGGUCACAGUCGCCAAGCGACCCGGCUGGCAUAUAUUCUCGCCACCAUUUGAUCCUUAAACCAUAUUCUGACGAAGUUAUCAUUGGCAAAAUUACCCAAGCCGAAUUUGGUAAAGUGAAAGAACUGCGUUACGAAGACGACAAUCGAGACAACUACGAGUCGGCCGAAGGAAAUUUCGAGAAUUCGGCAUUGAGCAAACCAUUCAAGAUUAAUCUAAAAAGUGGUGUCAUUGAAUCACUCGGCGUUGAUGGUUCAUUGUCCACUUUUGAAGUGAAUCACUUGAAAUUGAUUAUGAACCCGUUCCAAGUCGUUACAAACCGUCAAAGUGGAAACUCACGAGAAUCGGGGAAUGAUCGGAAAGGUUACUCACGAGAAUACUCACAAGAAUCAAGCGAGAAUCAAUUACCACAAGCCGGCAGUAACACAGCCUACUACAAAAAGACUAUGGAAUCGACUGGACGUUGUGAAACCAUCUACGACAUCUCACCAAUCGCCGACUAUUUGGUCAAAUCGCACCCUGAAUGGGAUCCAUUGCCCGAAACAAACGAAGGAAACGGAGAAUUCAUUGAAGUACUUAAGACCAAGAACUCGGCUAACUGUGAGGGAAGACGAAAUGUCCUAACAACUGCUAGCAACUACUUGAGCGAUAUGGGUGUGAGCGUGGGUGAUUUGUCCAUUGUCGAAAAGCAGCGCAUUGUAGUUUAUGGUUCAGUGAACCGUUUUAUCAUCAAAUCGGCACGUGCCGCUGCUAAACUGAUUCACAGUCGCCGAAACACUCCACUCUUAGCUGCCUACGUUAACUCUACAUUGGAGUCGGUGGAACCAGCUUCCGAACGAUCUACGCAAGAUUUGCCUCAAAAUUUGAAGAUCGUCGAAAAUUUGAACUACGAUUUCAAUCCCAAAAUGAACGAACAUCAAGCUGUCGAACCACAACUCGGGUCUGGAGGUGUCGGAGCUGAAUAUCGUUGGGGCACUUGCUGGGUUAUUCCGACUUGUGGCAACGUAUUUGAUUGCUGCCGUUUCGACUUUGGUGACGAAUGGACUGCCACACGUAAAGUGAAAAAAUGCGGUUUCUUGAACAUGGGCAUUUCUUAUGAAUGUAAACGUGAAUAAAAUGCAGAAGAAACUGGUUGAAUCCACUUUUGAGACCUGGAUGUUCUUGAUGGCAUCUGAAAAUUCAUCUUAUUUAUUAUCCAAAAACUUGGUCACUGGCGAGUCAUAUCCCUUGACUGUAUCCAUUUUCGGUUUAAAACUAUAAUAAAGCAUUUGAAAAAUCC